AUGCACGUUUGGCUCGGUUUGUUCCACGCAAACGCGAUGAUUGUUUCUGCGCUGAUAUUCAUAGUUAUGAAGGACGUAUCAACUCCUUCGUUUAGGAACGGGUUGAUUAUCACGUACGUAACGAUUUGCUUCCUCCCGAACAAGAAACCGUACCCGAAAUGGGGAUUACGCUUGGCCAAUCACAUCGUCCACGCAGCCAUGCAGUAUUUCCCGUUGAAGAACAAACACGUGAGCGAAGAGAAACAUUUGAAGUUGAUCGCAAACGGGACGCCUAUUUUGAUAGGUUUAGAACCACACGGCGUUUUACCGUUACAAAUGGCCGCGAUUGCGGAUUAUUACUUGUUCGACGGCGCGAUACGGACGGCGAGAGAUCACGAGUGUUUUAAAAAUGAAGAGGAGAGACAGCGGUUGCGGGACGCCUUCGCGGUGUCGAGCGCGUUUGCGAGCUCGAGCAUUUUUUACGUGCCGUUGGUGAGGCAUUUGUGGCCGUGGUUAGGUUUAGAUCCAAUCAGUCGGUACCACGUGAAGAAAGUGUUAUCGAACGGUGGGGUGGCGAUUAUCGUUCCUGGAGGCGUUUCGGAGGUUUUGAAGAUGGAGAAAGAGAGAGAAGUCGUGUACUUGAGAAAACGGUACGGGUUCGUGAAAAUCGCGAUUCAAUCCGGAGCGGCGUUAAUGCCGGCGUACGCGUUCGGGGCGACGAGAACGUACAGUUGGUGGCGACUUGGCCCACCUCUGAUGACGAAAAAGUUAGCCGAGCGAAUCUCAAAGAUUUUAUUGUUCGCGCCGAUCGUAUUCUGGGGACGGUUCUUCGGACCGUGUCCGAGGCGAGGCCGAGUCGUCACCGUAUACGGUCCUCCGAUUGAAGUGAAACAAACGGACGAUCCGACGCAGGAGUACGUGAGAGAGGUUUUAGACAAGUUCAUAGAAGAGUUGGAGAAAGUCUAUCGAGAGAAUCGAGACGAGUUUGGGUAUAAAGGUGUCGAGUUAGUCGUCGAAUAG